CACUCACAAAACUCGUGUUCAGUUUACCCGAGCCUACGUUCUGAAAAUGUAAAAAAAACUUUUAGUGAUUUUAACUGAUUUUUAUUCUAAAUUUUGUAUUUUAUGACAAUAAAAUAUUUUUUGGAGUACGUUUUUGUAUUCCUGGAAAACAAUUUGAAUCGAUUUUAACAUUGGAAAUGUAUUUUAUUAUUUUUAAUUGAAUGGACUUAUUAAACUACUACAACGAGCAAAAAAGCAAUUUUAAAAUGGAUAUGGAAAAGAACGAAUUUUCUUUUACUUUGGGUGCGCAGGAGACGCCGAUGAAAUCUCAACAAUAUCAACAAUGCGAUACCAGUUACCAGUUGUUCCCAAAGUUUGACGACUGGUACCGAAAGGACAAUGUAUCUGAAGCAGCUGUACUGUAUGCAGCAAAUGCAUACUCUGACUGCUGUGAUAAUGGUUUACAAGAACUGUUAGUCAGGGCAGCUGAUAAUGGAAAGCGAUCUGAAAAUGGCAGUAAACGUUUUAAAGUUAACGGAGAUAAAUGUUUGGCUGAUGAAAAUGGCUCGAGAUUCACGAAAAUUGCUUACCGUAAUAAUCGCACGAAACAUCAAAACAAGUCGAUGACUGCGUGUUCUUCGGACUUGGCGGAUCAGAAGAAUGAAUGCGUAGAAUUGCAUGUCUCCAAUUUGGACCAGUCGUUGGAGCGCCAGGAGCUCCUCAGUGCCCUACAAUCGUCAUUUCGGGAGCAUGUGCAUGUUAUUAAUUUGUAUGUUUACACCGUUGGCGAUGGCUCGCUAUGCGCUUCUGUUACUGUUCCUACCAAACAGGACGCUCAAUAUGCAAUAUCCCAAGUUCACAGAAAACGAAUUGGAGCGAAACGAAUCAUGAUCUCGUAUGCUGCUAAUAACGAAAAUAAUAACCACAACUUUUUAAAAACUCAAGUCAUCGCAUUUUUACAGUCGAUUCCUGGACAAGUGUUGCCUUUGUUCAAGUUUCGUGAACUAUUCGAGUCUCACUACUUGAAUUCAAUUUCUCUCUCUGAUUUAUAUCGUAUGCGUGAUAUCUGCACAAUUUCGGAAACUGCUGGCGGUAGAAUUGUGGAACUAAAUCAUAAAUAUAAAAACUACUCGAGCUUGACCCAAAUGAUUUCUCGACAGGAGAACGAAUUUCCAUUCUGUGUGCAACAUUGCAAACCAACAUCGGAUCAGUGCUGGGCUCUUCGUACAACGGACGUUUUACCCAUAGUGUGUAUUGGCAUAAAAGAACUUAAUAGCAAUUUAUGCAAGUUAAUGGAAACACAUUGUGGAUCUGUUCCUUUGCCAAGUUUGGCAACCUGUUAUGAAGCUGAGUUAGGAAUAUCUUUACCAAUUGAUCAAAACUGCGGGGUUGCUCUUGAGCAUUUAGUAAGUUGUUGUUCUGACAUCCUGAUCAGCCAAUCUGUUACUGGAGUUAAAUAUGUAAAACGUUUGGUGAGCAACGAAAAAUUAAACACACACAUUGAAGGAAAAGACACCUUCUAUGAUAACUUGUCUCCAGCGUUGGCACAUCAAUUUUCACAAUUUUCUCGGGAAAUCGUAGAUCUGCUGAAAACCUCUCAUAAAUGCCAGUUGCCUUUCAACAAAUUCAUACCAGCUUAUCAUCAUCAUUUUGGAAGGCAGUGCAGAGUUGCUGAUUAUGGGUACACAAAGCUAAUAGAACUAUUUGACUCACUUUCAUCUACGGUCCAAGUGAUGGGAGAAGGAAAUAAGCGUUUCAUCACAUUAACACACCGUGCCCAAAUUAAGAGAUUUACUUCCGAUUUGUGCAGGGUUCUCAAAGCUCAAAAUAGCAAACAGAUGCUGCUUUCCGAAUUUCCAUCGCAGUAUAAAAAAGUUUUUGAUCGUGCAUUUGAUAUUACUGAAUAUGGUGUUUGUAUGAUAUCCGACAUUGUGCACGAAGUCAAUGCAAAUACGAUAGUAGUGGAAAAGCUACAAAAUGGUGAUAUCGCUCUUUCCAGGCCAAGACAUAAUCAGACUGAGAUGGAAAAAAGGAAAACUAAUAUCUUCAAAUUAGAGGCAAUUGAGCUCCUGAGUCACGCACCACAAUAUUCGAUGCAAUUUAAUAAAUUCGUACCAGCUUACCACCAUCAUUUUGGUCACCAGUGUCGUGUCUCAGAAUACGGAUUUACUAAACUUAUAGAACUGUUUGAAGCAAUUCCGGAUAUAGUGCAGAUAAUCGAUUGCGGUAAAAAUAAUGACGAUCGUCAAGUUCGUCUAACACCAGAAGAAGCGACAAAAGUAUUAAGCGUGCAACUGGAGCAGAUCCUGCAAUCGUCUUCUUCCGGCCGCAAUAAGGAAGCAGCUACGUUAAAACAAGUUUCGGCUGAAUUUACGCGCCGAUACGGAUAUGCAUUAAAUGCAGAAGUUUAUAAAUGCCAAGAUAUCGAGCAAGUUUUAAUGAAGCUGCAGAAUAUAAAGAUUUCUAAAACGCCGGAUAAUGGAAUUAUUCUGGAAUUGCAAAAUUGUGUUCAAGAAUCUAAUAUGUCCAAUAAGAUAAUUACUGGAUUACCGCCCGGCUAUGAUAGUAGAUACAAAAAACGCAAGCAAAAGUCGAAUUUCGGCCAAACGUUUGGAAACAAUUACAAAUUAUCUUCUGCUGUCGGAGACAGAUCAGUAAAGCCACAAUACUCCAGUUUCUUCAAAUCCAUUGACAAACCAGAACCAACAAAUUAUAAUUUUAAAACGUCAAUUUGUGCGAAAGAAAAUGAACAUGAUCUAUCUCGAGACGGUUCUCUAAUCGCAAGUGUUGAUAAAGAUUCGGCUUAUAUUGCAAAUAUGCGUAAUUACAAUUUUGGAAACUUAGAUAGUUAUAAUGCAGAACAAAAUAAACAGUAUGCAAGCACUUCAAUAAAGAAAAUGUGGCCUCCUGAGUCGCCUAAACUUCGGUCUGCAGGACAGGGACCUUCAGACUCCAGGGUUGUUGAUAUUUCAAGCAUUUUAAGUGAAUAUGGUUACGGGUAUAACUAUUUAGAUGAGAUAUUAAAUGGACGUCAAUUUGCUGGUUUAGAGACAUCAGUCUUCCAUUGUCCAACUACAACUAAUUUAAAUGAAAUCUAUGAAUGAUCACCAGUUUAUGAAAAUCUUAUUUUAUAUUCUAAAAUAUCAAUGCAUUGAGUG